UACCCCCCCCCCCCUUCAAAAUGCCGCCUGCCUACCCCGGCUACUCUGCCUGCCUACCAUAACCACCUGCCUACUACCCCGCCUGCCUACCCAACCUGCCUACUCACCUGCCUACCUACCUGCCGACCCACCUGCCAAAUGCCUGCAUUGCCUGCCAAUUGA